AUGGGCGGAGGUAGAAAACCCCGCAACGCAGCGGUAGCCCCGAUCUUCAAACAACGCACAGAGAAGGCCCAGACGCCAUCUUGGUGGCACUCCCCAUCCGAGUCCGACACGGAUAUGAGCAGCCAAAUGGCCUCAGUACGGGCAGAAGCCCCACUCACCAGGCAGGAUAUGAAGGGCUUCCUGGCAGACUUUCAAAAGUCUGUAGCAGAAGAGCUGGACAAAAGACUAACUCCAAUCCUUGAAGGGAUGGCUGACCUCAUCGCCCGAGCACAGGCCACAGAGUCCAAAAUGGAGGUGCUGCAAGAAACUGUCACCGUGCACGAAGAUGAACUGCAGGACCUGCGAGAACAGCUGCGGAUCCUGGAGGACUCGAAUGAAAGCUUAAAUAACAGAACAAUAUCUGGGUGCGAUGUCUGCCUGAAACGGUGUCCGCCGAAAUGA